UCCAAAUAUCUGGAACUUCAUUACAUGGUUUUCAAUUGUUAUUUUUAAUUGAAGGCAUACCAACUAUUAUUACUGCCAUAGUUAUUGCCUUAUACAUGACUCGUGGUCCUGCUGAUGCUCGUUUCCUCACUCCUGAGGAGCGUAAAUUUGCUGUUGACCGUCUAAGACCUGAAGGUGGUCCUAUUGAUGUUGAUCGUAGCACCGCAAAAGCUCAGAUAAAACUCGCUUUUACUGACAUCAAAGUUUACGUUUAUUUAAUAAUGUUAAUGCUUGCUACGGUCCCUUUCAAUUCCCUUAAUUUUUUCCUUCCAACCUUAGUUAAACAACUUGGUUAUACUAAUGUACAAGCUCAAUUAAUGGUCGUACCUCCUCUUGCUAUUGCUACUAUCUGGAUGACCUUGAAUUCUUGGGCUUCUGAUAAAUACCAAACAAGAGCUUUGAACUUAAUGGCUGCUCAUUUAUUGUCGAUUACUGGCUUGGUAGGAUUGUUAGCAACUGAUGCUACAAAUCCUAAUUUAUAUACUACUGAUGCUCCCUCAUUUACUAAGGGAAAUGUUAUAUGCUUAUCCACUGUUCUUGCUCAAUCUAUUUUAACUAUUGGAAUGAAACUUUAUUUGGAUUUAUUAAAUAAGAGACGUGAUUUGGCUAUAUUAGCAAAUUAUGAUUAUGUAUAUGAUAAUGAUUUGGUGAAAAAUAAAAAGAAACUUAGAGAAAUUGCCAUGAAAUGUGUGGAAAAAGAACCGAGAUUUGAUGAAAUUUUAUGUGAUAGGCAUCCAAAUUGGAG